CCCGACUGUAUGGUAGUCUGUUCCACAAGUUAAUCUUGAAGGUGUUGCAUAUACUUGAUACUCCGAUAGAGUCCGUAGAAGAGCAUACUUUUCUUGGAAUCAACUACACUCUCAACGAGCUGUACAUAAGGAAUUCGAAACUGAAACAAUUUCCUGUUUCGGCUAUCAAGUUGAACUGGUUUU